UCUCUUCUCCUAGUUCUUCUUCUUCUUCGCCCGCUUCUCCAAGUCUUGCCAUUGUCGAUCCUCGUUUGAUCCAUAGCCAGCCAACUCUCUGAAGGAUCGGAGGUAGCAGCUUAUUAUUAGGUGUCAGUUUGCAGCGAUGGCGAUCCCGGUGAUUGACUUCUCCAAGCUGGAGGGUCCCGAGAGGGCCGAGACCAUGGUGGCCAUUGCCGCCGGGUUUGAGGACGUGGGGUUCUUCCAGCUGGUGAACACCGGCAUCCCUGAUGAGCUCCUGGAGCGGGUGAAGAAGGUGUGCAGCGACUGCUACAAGGUGCGGGAGCAGGGCUUCAAGGACUCCAACCCUGCGGUGAAGGCCCUGGCGGACCUUGUGGAGAAGGAAGGCGAGGGCCUCGCGCCGAGGAAGAUCGAGAACAUGGACUGGGAGGACGUCUUCACCCUUCAGGACGACCUGCCAUGGCCUUCCAACCCUCCUGCCUUCAGGGAGACGAUGAUGGAGUACCGGAAGGAGCUGAGGAAACUUGCGGAGAAGCUGCUGGGCGUGAUGGAGGAGCUGCUGGGGCUGGAGGAGGGGCACAUCAGGAAGGCCUUCACCAACGACGGCGACUUGGAGCCCUUCUACGGCACCAAGGUCAGCCACUACCCGCCGUGCCCGCGGCCGGACCUCAUCGACGGCCUCCGCGCGCACACCGACGCCGGCGGCCUCAUCCUGCUGUUCCAGGACGACCGCGUCGGCGGCCUCCAGGCGCAGCUCCCCAACGACCGCUGGGUCGACGUGCAGCCCCUCGAGAACGCCAUCGUCAUCAACACCGGCGACCAGAUCGAGGUUCUGAGCAACGGGCGGUAUAAGAGCGCGGGGCACCGCAUCCUGGCGACCCGGGACGGCAACCGCCGUUCCGUCGCCUCCUUCUACAACCCGGCGCGCCUGGCGAGCAUCGCUCCGGCGACCCCUGCCACCGGCGAGGGCGCCGCCGACUACCCGGCCUUCGUGUUCGGCGACUACAUGGAGGUGUACGUCAAGCAGAAGUUCGGGCCCAAGGAGCCCAGGUUCGCGGCCAUGGCGACGGCGACCAAGUGAGCAGCAGCUGCUGAGACGCGUGCACACAGCAGGCAUGAUCUGAACCUGCUGGGAGCUUAAUUGCUCUGGAUUAAGCUAUUAAUUUUUGACGCGCGUGCAGAACGGACGUGUCAGACAACAGAUAUGUGUGGUAGUGUGCCCUGCAGCGAGCAGUCACAAGAAUAUAGUAAUAGCUAUUGUGACAGAUAAGCUUGCUUGUGGUGAGCUGUGGUCAACGAUUUGUAGCUUAAAAUGGCAUCUGUGAGGUCUCUUUUCCUUUUUAUUUUUUUUACACUUUUCCUUUCAAUUUGGGUCCUCAGAUUGCUAAUGUGGUCAAAGUGGUUUGUAAUUGUAAAUUACUGAGAAAAUAUAUGUUAAAUAAAGUUUCAGUUAGUUUGCUCAUACA